CUACAACCUUCUUCCGCCUUCCAUCAUUCCAUUCUCUCUCUUGUGUUGUGGGACGUUGACCAUUGUUUGGUCAGAUUUCUUCAAUCGAGUUUAGCUGAAAUCAAGUCAAAUUGACUUGCUUUUUCAUAGAAUUUAUCAACCAUGGUGAAGAAUGAUUAUGAUAGCUCAAAGGAGCCAGAGCAUGUUCGCAAACUGUUCAUUGGAGGAUUGGACUACAAAACAACUGAUGAUUCAUUGAAGAAACAUUUUGAACAAUGGGGUGAGAUCGUCGAUGUUGUAGUUAUGAAGGACCCAAAAACCAAAAGGUCAAGAGGAUUUGGAUUUAUUACCUACUCUGAGGCUAGCUGCGUCGACGAUGCACAAAAUGCAAGGCCCCACACAGUCGACGGCAGAGUUGUUGAACCCAAAAGAGCAGUCCCUAGAACCGAAAUUGGAAGGCCAGAGAGUGGAGCUACCGUGAAGAAACUUUUCAUUGGAGGCUUGAAGGACGAGCAUGACGAACAUGAAAUCAAAGACUACUUCACAAGCUUUGGCAACGUUGUAAACUGCACGGUCAUUUGUGACAAGGAGACUGGCAAGAAGAAGGGAUUUGGAUUUGUUGAAUUUGAUGACUAUGACCCAGUUGAUAAGAUUUGCUUGCAAGGCUCUCACAUAGUGAAAGGCAGACGCAUCGAUGUGAAGAAAGCAUUGAGCAAGGCGGAGAUGGCGAAGUUGGGUGGAGGCGGCGGUGACAGGGGAGGCCCGCGAGGAGGUGGAGGCGGUGGAUUCGGAGGUGGCGGUCGCGGAGGCGGCGAUUGGAAUAACUCUGGUAACUUUGGUGGCGGCCCCGCCUGGGGAGGAAACGCAUGGGAGUCUCAGGCAAUGGGAGGCGGUGGAGGCGGAUGGGGUGGUAACAGUGGAGGCGGCGGAGGUGGAUACGGAGGCGGUGGAUGGGGAGGCGGUAACAGCGGGGGCGGUGGAGGCGGAUACAAUGGAGGUGGUUACCAGCAGAGCUACAGUGGUGGACCCAUGCGCAGUAGCUAUUCCGCAGGCGGUGCCGGUGGAAGGCCUUCGCCUUAUGGUGGAAAUGCUGGCGGUGGUGGAGGUUAUGGAGGCGGCGGCGGCGGAGGAGGAUAUGGCGGAAGCGGUGGAGGUGGCUAUGGAGGCGGUGGCAGUGGGGGCGGCUAUGGCGGAGGCCGAAGGUACUGAACAACGAGGCUAUGAUGCCAAGCUGCUGCUGAUUCCUAUGCUGUGAUGAAGGUCUCUGAUGCAAGGAUAGAAAGAACCGAAUGAGAGGAUUGUAGCCUAGGAAAGAGAAAUCAAGUUAAGAAAAGUAGAAGAUUGCAAGGCAGGCAGACUAGGAAGCAGUUGAAGUGAGGGACUUAGGCUGAUCAGGCAGGAUAUUUAGACAGGAGUCACCUCACCACCGUCCACAGUAUAUCCGCAAUAUAGUUUGAGGGAUUUUCAUCACAACUAGGAAUUUAGCACUUGACUAACGUAUUGUGUAAGAACUUUAAGAUAUAUUAUAAACUAUCAAAGUAGAUGUUAAUUUGUUAGUGUAAUCAUUGAAGUCAUUUUGUGAACUAUCUCAUAGAAAACUAUUUCCAUUGAGUUUUUUUUGAAAUCAGGAAUUUUUUAUACAAACUUGGAUUAAUUUAUGUUUCCUAAUUGUUAGUCGAUCUAGUAUUAUGUCUGUAAUUUUUAUAUGGUGGAUUAUAUUUGAUUUUCGUUAAGAUGGAAGCUGUUAGCAGUUUCUUUAGUAGUAGGAUUACUCAAAUGUGUUUUCCAUUUUAAUACAGUAAGGAAUGAAUCCCUUAAUUCAGAAAUAUAUCUAGAUUAAUUGUAAUAUGAGAACUUUUUACCAAAAGACACAAGCUGGUCUUGUGGAAAAUAAAUUUGAGAAGUAAUUUAACAUCAUGACAAGUAUCUUGAUUUGAUAUAGUUAUUGUUUCAUGAAGGUUCAUGGAAAAUACCCUGUAUGUUUUUAGAUGUUGACUAGAAUGGCUUAUAUUGUACUUUCGUCUUAACUUCCAUAAAUAUUACAGAAACACAAUUACUUCACAUUUAAUUUAAUCAAUUUCACACCAAUUCUUGAUGAAAAACGAAACCGUUUAGCUAAGAUAAAAAAUAUUAAGAUAAACACCUGUGAUAAUUAAGGCAACCUUCCAUUAAAAUUGCAAGUUUUAUAAUUGAACCAAUUGGAAGAAUGUAAAUUCCAUCUAUGUUAGGAAUUUGUCAUGCUCCAUAACCUCAAAGUAUUAUUUGAUGAAUGUAUUGAGUAAAAUAAACUUUCCUUGUCACAAUA